UAAUGUAACGGAAACGUUCAACGUCAGCCGCCACAAUUGUGUGUGUUGUGUUCAACGCCUGAAGUAAAAAAGGUAAACAAACGAAUACAACACUGCGCCGUUAACAAACAAAAACAAGUGCGAGCUGUCAACUACUUUGAAGAAAAGGUCAUUUUUGUUCGUCCAGCGUUAGCGUCACUAGACAUGCAAACACCAUGCGGUUCCAUGAGAACCCUGAAGGGAAUAUUUCAGGAGCCAAAAAUGAACCACAGACGUGAUUUUUUACGUGAAAAUAAAUUAAAUUUACGUGAGCUACAGAAGAAUACAACCAACAAACUUGUACAGAAACAACAGGAUCUGGAGAGGAAGCAACAAAAAUACCUACACAGACGUUCAGAUUCUCAACAAAGAUAUGAAAGUACAGGACGAACAGGAUAUACUUCAUCCACAAGAAUGACGGCUGAUAGGGGUGCAGGUGCAGUGGUUACACCGUGUAAUGGAGGCACAAAACAGAAUGGAAUAAGGGGUAGGCCAGAGGAAGGAAUGAGACAGAAGCAAUUGUCCUUUCGACGUUCGUAUAGUCAACAAAGGGUAGGGGAACAAAUAAAUCCAUAUGAAAGAAACGCAGGAGAGCAUUACAAGGCCGACAAUAGAAACACUGUGCCUCGCAGUGCCAGUGUGGUGUCUUUCGUUUCCAAAGCUGAAUCAUGUGAUAAAGAAAUACAAACUGAGGAUAUUAUCGAUGAAGAGUUCCUGUACAGGGCUUUAAAAAAAUGUAGUAACACGGAAGUUGAUUAUUGUAAUAAUCGCGAAGAUGCAAACCCUGUAUCGAAAACGAAUGCAAACUCUUAUUCCGCAAACCCAACUGAAGAUGACCUUAAAAUAGCAUCAGAGCAUGUUCCAUACGAACAUCAAAAAUAUAACGUUGAAGUGGAAAAUCAAAAUCGCUAUUAUCAAUAUUCACCAAGGUCUCAAUAUUCACAUAUGGCCAAUGGUCACAACGAGGAAAAUUUUGUGGAACAAUUUGAAAAUUUGCAACUUAACACACAUCAACUUCGAGACGAAGAAACCCGUUCAAGUGCCCGCAGUCGUCAAACAAUGUUUUCAACUGCCAGUAAGAAAAAAUCUAAUGGAAACUAUAAAUUUGGAAGUCGUGAUGAAAUACGUUUACCUAGAUAUUUAGAGAAAGAAAAACGUGAGAAAGAGGAAGAACGCCAGAGGGAAAUUUCAAGAGAUCCCAAUUGUCCAUUGGGUCAUUAUGCCAUAAGUGAAGCAGAACGUUUGGCUGCAUUAAAUGCUGCUGAGAAAAAAAUGGAAUCUCUGAUACAAGAACUAAAUCGUAUGCCCAUGACAACUGAAACAUUACGAAUACGCCGGAGAAAAGUUGAAAUAGAAAAGGAACUAUCACAAAUUGAAUUAGAUAUACGAACAUUUUCCAAACCCAAAGUAUAUGUUCCAGCUAGCAAUGAACCUUCCAGUCAUCUCUAUUGAAAUGUAAUUGAAAGAGAGCAAAAUUAAUGGAAGACCCAGACGAAUUGAUAUGCAAUCUGUAUACACAAUUAUUAAUAGAUACCAUGUAAAUAUUUAUAUGUAUAUUUUGAGUACAUUUUCUUAUACAAAUAUACAAAAAGGCAAUAUAUGUAAAUUUCAUA